CAGCGGUUUGUGUGCGCGCUAAUGACGGUAGAAGGUGCCUGGGGGAGGGUCUGGGAGGGGCUGCCCAGCGUGAUCGCGCCCCUGGCACUUCCUAAGAGAUUCUCAGCUCUUUCUCUGCAGCUGCCACUUGAAGACUCCAAGCUUUCCUUCCAGAGGAAAGAAGCCAUCUAUCUAAAUCAGCUGUGCGCUCCACGUUCCUCGUCUCCCGCUACGCCAGCCGCCACCUCCACCCCUUCCAUUGUGUUGUGCGUUUAGCUCGGCUUCCUGCGUAAGACCCUAACCUCAUUUGUAGGAGAGAUUACUGAGAAUUUUGGAACCUCGACUUGCAAUGGAGCUGUACGGAAAGAUGGCCUCUGCCCAAGAUGCCAGGUAUGGCCAGAAAGACUCCUCUGAUCAGAACUUUGACUACAUGUUUAAAUUGCUCAUCAUCGGCAACAGCAGUGUGGGGAAAACAUCUUUCCUGUUCCGUUAUGCGGACGACUCCUUCACAUCUGCGUUUGUCAGUACAGUUGGGAUUGAUUUCAAAGUGAAAACUGUAUUCAAAAAUGAAAAGCGAAUCAAGCUUCAGAUUUGGGACACAGCAGGCCAGGAAAGAUACAGAACUAUCACCACAGCCUAUUAUCGAGGGGCCAUGGGCUUUAUCUUAAUGUAUGACAUCACAAACGAAGAAUCAUUCAAUGCAGUACAGGAUUGGUCAACUCAGAUCAAAACAUACUCUUGGGAUAAUGCCCAAGUUAUCCUGGUUGGGAACAAAUGUGACAUGGAAGACGAGCGGGUCAUCUCAACGGACAGAGGCCAACAUUUAGGAGAACAGCUUGGGUUUGAGUUUUUUGAAACAAGUGCCAAGGAUAACAUUAAUGUCAAGCAGACAUUUGAGCGCCUUGUGGAUAUCAUCUGUGACAAAAUGUCAGAGAGUUUGGAGACCGAUCCGGCCAUCACUGCUGCAAAGCAGAACACAAGACUCAAGGAAACCCCUCCAUCUCCACAGCCCAGCUGUGGCUGUUAAUGUCCUCACACACACGCAGGCAGCUAGCUCUAGGGGGCUUGGUUACCAACACACAGCAUUUGUUAAUGGUCAAGGAGCCUUCGUUCAGACUGCCUAAUAGUUACUAGAGGGAAAUCUUAGAUGUCAAUGGCUAGUAUAUGCAUUGAAUUCUGGGGAGAGUCCCUCUGUUAAUAUGUGGCAAAUAUAUGAUCUUAAAUUUGUAAAGACUAUCCAUGUAUACAUACCUGGUAUUUGCAUGUGAUUUGUUAUUUGUCUUCUAGGCUCUUUAUGUUUCAGAUUUCUUCUCAGAUCAAGCUACUGCUGGGAUUUCAGACUAUUUCACUACAACUAACUUUUGUGCCACUGGUUCAAAUUACGUGAUUCACCUGUAGGGAUGAUAACCAAGGAUUCCUUUGUGUUGGGGCGGGGAAGACAGUGGGAGGUCUCAGGAGACCUUAUUUGCUUUACUCUUAAUGGAAACUCAAGUGGAAACAUUAGUCAUAUUUCCUGAAUAAAUGACCAGUUUUCUGGUCAGUUUACUAUUCAGGAAAUGUGCCUAUUUUUCAGUGUUAUCACUAACUGAGGGUAUCAUUGACUAGACAGAAAUUGAAAUAUUGUGUUCAAGGCCCUUGCAAGUUUCCAAGAGGUUACUAUUUACCUGAAAGGAACUGGAUUUAAUCUCUUUUCGUUUAUAUGUUUAAAUAAGGACUACCCUAACCCAGGACUGCUCUUUCCACUGAUUCUACCAAACAUUCUGAAUAUUUGAGGGCACUGACGAACUGAGAGGUAUCUGCUGAAUGUUAUGCAACAAGCAUUUUGACCAACAACAGUAUGAGUGGCUGUCGAAUGCCAAGGCCUGAGCUCCCCCCGUUUCCUUAAUAAGUAGAUGCCAUACCAUACACCACCAUCACCACAACUUCCUGGGACCAUCACCACCUCUUGGAACAGAGGUUAAGUUGAAGCAUUUAGAGUCCCUCUUAUAGGAUAUAGGCUUCCCCCAGCCAUUGCCUCUGUUCACACCCCAGCUAAGUUCUUUUACCUAAUUAGAUGUUGUUUAAACAGUAUCUCAAUGGCUCCCAGGUUGAAGACAAGGAUUUUCAUCUCUGAUCUUUUUCAACUGAGUGUUUAACCUAAUUCUAAAGCACACCUCCAUUCUGUAAGCCUUUAAACAUGUCUCAGUUACUCAGAGAAUAUACCCGUGGGAGCUGGGAGUUACAGAAACACUUGAGUAGGCCAUCAGCAACUUGAGAGGAGGAAGGAAACCAUGUGAACAGCUUGAUCCUGUCUCCCAGGUUUCCCGAAGACCAUAGAUGAAUAACGAGCAAACAAAUGCCACCAUCUAUUCUGACAGCACUAAAGGAAAACUAGGAACCAGUGUCACCACCCAGUAUUGCUUACAGCUAAGACUUGCAGAAGGCAGCAGGCGCUGAGUGGCAGGCUUAGAAUGACAGUACUGUUAGGUGAAUCUCCGCUUCUUGGGUGCUCAUAUUAAACAUGCUUCCCUCUUUUCAAAAAUAGAGAGCAUUCCCAUGAGAGUAAGAAUGUGGUGCAAGUUUAUUGGGCAAGGAUAUUGACAGGGAAACGUGCAUAUGCCUAAAGAGAUCUCUGGGGAAUAAAAUGCCUAAAGUCAGGGAACUAAGUCACAUGCAUUAUUAGUAAGAAGAUGAAAAUGAUAAGAGCAUUUGGGAUGUUUUAAGCAUAUCCAUAUUCUUUCUCACAUUCUUAGCUUAAGAUCCAUUAAUUAUUAAUAAAUUUUCACUUAAGCACCCUGCAAGGCAGGCCUUAGCUUAGUGAAGACAACAUUAAUGCUUUAUUAGAUUUAAUGGGGCCACCAGCUUCAAAAUCACAGAAAUUAGAGUGACUGGAAAGAAAGAUGGUGGUGGGGGGGGCAUCAAAGUGAUUUGUUUGCAACAAAAGCCUAUUUGCAUGCUAUUGUAACAUUUCUAUAACCUGGACUAGGAAGUGGCCAUGUUAAAUGAUGUAACUGUUAAGCUUACUUUUAUAAUCUAAUAUGAAACAAUAAAGCCAGCUCCCUUCCCGCACAUCCUUACCGAUGUCAAAACCUAAAUAAGACGUUCCAGAUGGCUUUUUCAGAAGGACCUUAAUGUGUAUUAUUGUAAAAUGGAAAGCAAAAUGAGGGUAGAAAAGUGGAAGGAAAAGAGUUGAGUUUUGCUCUUGUGAACUUUUCCCCUGAAUAACUGAUUGCUAUUGAAAUUCAUUGGCCCUAAGGAAGAAAUAAGCCAAGUGCCCACUUAUCCAGUGUCACACAUGCCAAAGUCAAACUACUUCAUGCCAGUCAGGGGAGCGUGAUGAAGCAACAGCCUGAGUAUCAUGGCCAAGGAACAUUGUAUAAUUUCUCUUUUCCAAACCUCAGUGGUAAUGGUGCCUUCCUAAUUGAGUCUCAGUUUUGAAACUCCCACCUGGUGUGAAUUUCAUCAAGUGAGAAGUUUCCAGAGAGGAUUGCCACAGAGCUCAAGUGAAUGAACACCUAUGUUUCUGCUGUGAAGCAUGUGGCAAGAGAGAAUAUUCUCUAUUCCUAAUUUCGUCAAGAGAUUCUGGUUUUAAAAUCAAAUUUGGCAAAAGAGGAACCAGUCAUGGGUUGACUAAGUGAGCUUCUAUUUAUUGGCAUCAAGUUAUAUUACUUACAAAUUAUAACUGCGGGGCCAAGGUUUUUCAGCCUUGGGCAUGUGCGCAUGCAUGCACGCGUGUGCACACACACACACACACACACACACACAAUACCUCCUACAUUUUUUGCACCUGCCAGCUGCUUAAAUAACAGGUUAUUUUUACUAAUCGCAUAACUAAAUGUGUAUUCAAAAGAACAAGCCACCUUAAAAACGUAUGCUUGUCAGUUUAUAAAUCUUAGACCUCCAUCUUUUUGUCUUUGAUGUCAUUCAAUUAGUGUUUCAAGUAUGAAUUUCUUAUCCUCUGCCACCUAUCACCUUAGCAGCCCCACCCCUCCAAUUACUAAUAGAAUUACUAAUAGAUUGUUUUGAGGAAAUACUUCCAAGAACUUUGGUUUCCGGUACAUUUCUUUCUGAUUCUAAUAUCACUGAAACCUUGGACUGGAAAUUAUUUCAUCAAAUAGCCAUCCACGGGGCGGAUCCGCAUUUCAGGUUUUUGGGAUGGGAAUGGAUGUAGAAGGUACCUGAAGUUUCUUAAGUCUCCAAGUGGCAGUUUACAAGCUAGCCUAACACCUACAGGCUAAGAAUGGCUUCAGGACAGUGACUUCAUUCAGAGCUGCUGCUUUCACUCAACAUCUUCGGUGGCCUUGAUGAACGUCUAAAGACUGGAUGAUCAAAGCGGUUCUUAUAGCUCCUCCUUAGAUCCACUUGAAGUCAAUGUCCCUUUGCUGCCUGGUAAAUAAGCGCCAAGAUCUUUAUUUGGAAGGGAAAGCAUGAUGAUGCCUUCAGUUGUAGCAGGAAGUUGCAGCAUUGUUAUCACACAUAUGAAGUAUAAAUUCUACAAAACUACAACCCAAAUUAUACAACACAUCUAUAUAUUCAAGAAACAAACACACAUUUCAUUCACCUACUUAACUCUCAUCUAGAGGUAUAGGUAUUUUUUUGUUCAUCAGAUUGGCUAUUUUUCAGGAACCACUUCAAACUUCCAAUUUUUACUACACCUAUGCUGAGAAUAGACUUUCAGGUACGCAAUAUUCUUUUUAAAGAGUAAAAUACAGUCCACUAUUAGUUGAACUUCCAUGAAGCAACACUGAUUUUGGAGCACGGGAGCUGGCUCAUUGUUAACAUAGUUUAUCCAAUGUGUAUGUUAGUGCUUGGUGACGAUGUCCUAGGCCACCCUUCAGACUAGCGUGUGGCAUUUGUGGGGCUAUAGAAAAAUGUAUCCAGACUCUACCAAGCGACUCAAGGCUGAGGUAGUAGCUGCAUGUGAAAACCUGAGAUAAAUCUUGUUUUAAAGUUACGACUAAGACCUUUCUAAACCAAAAAGUGUUUGUUCAUAAUUUUCACGUACUAUGGGAAUGCUCAGUAGCUAUUUGGUGGCAUAUUGGGAGGUGGCCUGUCUUUCUGUAAAGAAUCCUCUGUCUACAUUAUAGUUUGCAUGACUGGAACUCUUCGUUCCUUUGUGCAUAUAUAUACUCAGUGUGCUAUGUCAGGGUGCCACAUGAGCAGCUAGACCCCUGCGGCCCUUCUAAUCUGCCACCGGAAGAUGCAACCUCUACAGCUCUGCUUAGCCUUGCCUGUUUGUGUAUGCUUUCUGUGCUUUAGGAGUUUACCAGUAAAAUGCUGACGUCUUGCUGAUCAGCUGAACCAUUAGGGUCAGCUUUUUAGAGUCCUUUAUCUUUUAGGUGACUUUUUACCAAAGCCAGUUUAAGACAUAAAUCUAGUUUAUAUUCUGGAAUGAAUUCAAACAAAUUGGGUAAAAGAUGAAGUUGAUGACCAGAAAGAAAGCAUCUUUAUCCCUACAGUGCACCUAAAGGGCUCCAGGUUCUAGAAAUGCAAUCUCCCCCAAAGGGGCAAAAACAGGUCUCGGGGAUUUAUCUAAACUCUAUCCAUCGGGUUGUCGGAAAAGUCAUGAUGUAUUUUAUCUGUUUUUUGGUUGCAAAAAUGCGUCAUGACUUUCCCAACAACCCAAUAUUUAUUGGUAUUUCGUAAAUAAAUAUAGAUUUUUCUUCUUGAAAACCUUUACAGAAAUGCUUGUCACUCCAAAUAAUAUUUCCCUUUGAUAGAUGAAAAUAUUUACAUUUGGGCCAUACACAUAGUGUUGCCCCUCCCAACACAUAUACACGUGCACACACGGAUAACUUUUUUAUGAAGGAAAACUUCCAUAUACGGUGCUUUCUCAGUGCUAGGGAAAAGGGAGCUUUAUCUAUCUUUGAAAUGUAACAUAGAUUUUGUUUAAAAAGUUCUGCGAAAUAGAUUCUUCUCACUGAUUUGUGUGUUUGUGCACAUAAUUCCCAUUAAAAAGAGAGGAUAGGGAGAAAAUGCAUUUUGCAAGCAUUCUAGACAAAAAUUAUUUCAAAACCUCUGUCAGAGCUCAAGUAUUAAGAUCAGACCAUCUAGCUAGUGGACAAAUUUUCCAUCUGCAGUUCUCUUUUCUACUUCCUGAUUUUUUAUAAUUUCAGUGUUUUAAAGUACUAUUCUCACAGAAUGACAGGACCAAGAAUAGGAAAUGACACUCAAAUUUCACCAUUUACCUCCCAUCGACACUGUCAUUGGUGGAGUUUCAACCAGUCACUACUCCCUGAAGUGAGGUUGGGGGUUACCUGUGUAUUUCACUUACCUGUGUUCAUACUUUCCUUCAUCGUGGACAAUUGAGAGUUGGCUGUGACUUUUCUUAAUGGAAACAUUUUUGGGGGCCAGGCAUUGGUACGGUUCAUGAAUGCGCUUCUUAAAAACAGACGGUACAUGAGCCACACAGACACCUGGCCUUUCAGGGAAGUGAGCAUGAUUUAAUCUGUCUAGUGGUUCCAUACUCCUCAUAAAAGUGAAGUCUAGGGAUUGUUUGCUGCAUCAGUAUGACGGUUCUCCAUGUAUUGUCUCAUCAGCCCUAGGAUGUGUGCUGAAUGAAAACUUCCUGUAAUUCCUGUUAAUAUAUUGUUAAUGUCAGAUGUGAUGUGAUACCGUUGGACUGUCCAAAUGUACAACUAUUUAAUGGUGUUUGUGGAACUGAAAUGUCUUAAAUGUUGCAUGAAAUAUGUUAUAAAAAUAGAUUUGUUUUCUAUUUUUCAACACCUCAGAAUUGAGGGUUCAUGGGCCAAUAAGUGCAAUAUUUAAUGACUUACUCAGUGUAUAUAAACUAGUAUGAAAGAGUGAAUUAUAAUGAAUGUAUGAGAUGCUUUGGGUGGCUGUGACUUCUUCAAAUUAUUUCUUGUAGCUGUAUUUGUCUAGUGGUGCAAUUUAUACAGUAAAUACCUUAUUGGUGUCAUGUGAAACUCUUCUGUGCCUAAUUCAAAGUACUUUUUCCCUAUAAGACCAAACAUUUAGUAUCUGCGAAUAUAUGUCAAUUUUGCCUUUUAGAAUUGUGGAUUUUGUUUUCAAGAUAGAAUGGCUGUUAGUUUAUUUUAUAUAGGAUUUCUUUGUCUAAAUUCUCCUUUAGCCUCUUUUAGAGGCCAAUUUAGAUACCUAAGAAAAUGUAUGCACCUAAGGAAAAGUCAUUUUUAUUCUUCUCCGACAUGUUGAUCACAUGUUCUGUCUACUAAGAAUUUUCAACUCUUGUAUUUGCAUGUAUUUUUUAUUGUAACUCAGCCUUGUAUUUUGUUUGCAAAUUUAAUACUGUCAACCCUGGGAAUCCUGAAAUAUUGAUGUCUUUUUAGGUUGUAGCUAAUGUUAUAUUCACUUCAAUUCUCAAUUGUCCACACCAGUGAUAGAAGAGAAACAAAAGUCAGAAUCUUGACUCACUUUGGUAUGUCAUCAGAAACUCAUAUAUUCACCCUCGACCCCCCCUUGUUAAUCUCACAGUUGGUGGCCUAGAACUUCACUGAGAUACAAAAUCAAGAAAUUAGGCCCUGUUGCUGGAUUACCCAAAACUGUGAGUUUAUGUAUAUGAAGUUUAAAGUAGGUCAACUACCUUAAACUCGUGUCAUUUCAAGUUUUAAGGCAAAACAUUUAUUUUAAUACAAGCAUUGUGCUUUGCCCUUUCAUUUAGUUAGCAGAGGAAAUCAUGAUACCCUUAGAAAGAAUAGUUAUGAGUUGUUCACUCUAAAUGAUGAAGAGCAAGCAGUUGCUUUUAGAUGCCGUUGCCAUCUGUACAUCAGAUGAAGCCCUCAGUACCCUCUAUGGCAGUUGCCUGAAAUUAACAUGAUGUGCCAGUCGUAUUAAAUGGCUUUGGGCUACCACCAGUGGUGCAUGCCCCUAUUUUAACUGUGAUAGCCUGAACUUGGUACUCCGCUCUCAAAUCCACUGAAGAAGUCAGGUGAAGGUGGAUGAAACAGGGAGAUCAGAGAUGACUUUGUGCCAAAUUAAAUAUAUAUAUAUAUAUAUAUAUAUAUAUAUAUAUAUAUGCAGGUAGCCAACAUUAGAAUAAUAAUUUAAGAGUGUGUUUAAAUAUUUAGUUAGUCAUUACACAGUUAUUGACUACCACGUGCUCAGUGCUGUGGGAAUUAAACAUGGAAGAGGUAUGGCUUCAGCCCCUAAUGUGUGUAAUCACUGAAGCAGGGAGGAGAAAAGCCAGGAUACAAUCUAUAUGCUAAGUGAUGUCAGGAUGUAAGAGCACAGAAAUGGGGGAUGCAUAGGAACUGGAAAAGCAACGAAUGGCUCCAUUGAAGAGGUCAGAGGUGAUGCCAGGAAGAAUUAGAUAUGAGGAGAUUGUGCCAAGCAAAUAAGUGGGAAAGAUCACAUUAUGUUACCUGUGAAUGGCAGGGUGACAGAGCUGCCAGCUACAAAUCAUUAUUUUUCUCCAGAGAACCAAACUGUUCUUCUGAAACUCAUCAAAUUAUCCCAGUUUGCUUCUCUCUUUUUGUCCCCAUGAGGCUGACAAGCUGCAGCAUCAUCCUAUUUCUCUGUGCUGAGCAGCCCCAGAUUUGGCCAAACACAAAUUGCUGUAAAGCCACAUUAGAAAAGUUAAUUUAGACAUUUUGCCCAUGCGCCAAACCACAAGACAUUGUUUAAGCCAAUGUCAGCCAGGCAGAUGUGUACCCAGAAAUGUUCCUGUGGUUCGAUGUUCCCAUAAAGGGUGUUGGGAAGUGCACAGAUGAACACCUUCCUUUGUAACCCGGCACUUUUCUCCCUUUCUUGGUGACUGCUCUGUGGAGCUCUUCUUGAGAAAAUAUUGAGUAACAGCUUAAUGCUUUCAUAUAGUGAUCGUGAUGUGUAGUCGAAAACUACUGCUGCGCAGCAAAUAUCGUGACUCUUCAUACGUCCACAGGAGCUCUUGUCUGGGUUUAAAGCUAUAAAGUGUAUUCACAUUGUGAAGUUUUAAUUCUCUUUAUUGAAAUUGUGUAAAAACUGUAUGUGCUCUAUUAGGUAUUCAGUUUGUAUGUGAAUUCUGUAUAGAAAGUGGUUUUUGUUCUUUCGGUUUAUCUUGUUUUAUUUUUUGGAGAUUACAAUAAAUAUCUAAGAGACUAUAUUCCUGAA